AGAAACCACUCAUUUACCUUGCUGUCCAGGCAGUACAUAAAUAAAUGAUAAUUCAUGAAAAGGAUGGAAAGCCAUCGAUACAUAAAUAAAAGGCCAUCUUCUAUCUACCUCUAGAGCCACAGCUGUAGCUGGCUUGAGUAGUCAUCAUCAUCAUCACCAGAAGAAGAAGAAGAUGCAGGACUGGAGUCCUGUGCUCAUCUCCUUCAUGCUCUUCAUCCUUCUGUCCCCGGGGCUCCUCUUCCAGAUCCCUGGCAAAUCGCGGACGAUCGAGUGCGGAAAAUUCCACACGAGCGUCGUUUCCAUCCUCAUCCACACCAUCAUCUUCUUCGCCCUCGAUGCCUUCUUCCUCGUUGUCGUUGGCGUCCGCAUCGAGUUUGGAUCCUCGUCAUGAUUAGUAGAGUACUCUGCUUCACCCUGCUAUAGUUUCUUUUGCCAUUUCUGUCUGUUUGGUUCUUGCUGCUUGCUAAUUAGUUUAUCUAUGCUCGUGAUCACUGCUAACUCAACAUGUUACAUGGUGGAAUCACGUGAAAUUUAUACAGUUGGGAUUUAAUGCAAACAUUACCUUGUAUGCUGCUAUUGUGGAUUUAAUGACAACAUUACUGCA